CGCUGAUCAGGGGUCUCGACGUUCCGUUGGUCUGGUUAUUCCCCACUGGAACCCGUAUACGACCCAGUAGCAAAAAGUCGAGGCUUCUCUUGUGGUUGGGCAUCGGCCGUCAGUCAGGCAUGGUCUCAAGAAUUGCCAUUAACUCGCGCUCUUAUCCCUGGUUAGGAUAAUCAAUCGCCUUCCGAGCAGAACUCCCUCCCUGAAAUGUGAAUUGGUACACGGUCUCGGGAGCAACCGGGGCUAAUGAUCUCCUAACACGGCUUGUGGUUGUUUGCUAGCUGCGCUGUCCAUGAAAUAACGAGAGCCUUAACGGCUAGCACCUGCGUAACCCUAUCGAAAGAUGUUGGGGGUCGGGUGUCUAUGGAGUGGAUCUCGGAGUCCCAGCCGCGACAAUGGAUCUUUGCAGCUCCCAAACAGGCAGUUGAUAAGUCGAAGCGGAUCUUGUCCGGCUGAGAAUAAGGUUCCUCGAUCGUAGACCACUUUCUAAAUCCGUGGAGAUCGGAAUGGUCAUCCCUUAUAACUUUUGUUACUGUAGGUUUCUCCAUUUUUGGGACCACUCAUUCCCAGAUGUCAAUCUCCUCAACUUUGUUCGCCCGCUUUCGGUACUGCAUCUCUUAUAUCAUGCUUGCAGCUGCUUGAUCCCUGAUCUUAGGCUAAUUAAUGCACACCUUCGCCUGCUUUCGUCCACACGCCCCAUUAGGGUCUUGCGCCUUUGCCGUUCGCCAUGGCAGAUCUUGGCUUUUACAGUGACAAGUCAUUUCUCCCUGAACAAUGGGCGGAGUUUGGCUUCGGCGUUCUGAUUAUAUUCGUCCGUAUGGGUGUCCGGAUUCGUACCGUCGGUCUCAGAGGCUUUCAGGGCGAUGAUUACUUCGCAUUUCUGGCGAUAGCACUCUUAACAAUGGAUGGUGUAACAGUACACCUCUCAUACGUACUAGGGACCAAUCUAGAAAUACCGCACGCUCUACAUAAUCAACUCACUCCGGAACAAUAUUCCUCAGUAGUAGCAGGCUCCAAGGCGGAGCUCGCUGCCUGGUACUCUUAUACCGCCCUCAUUUGGGUUAUGAAAGCCAAGAUGCUAUUUCUAUACAAGCGCUUAACCCUGGGAUUAUGGCAGUCUCGGGUCAUCAAAUGGCUCGCGAUCUUAUGCGGGAUUACCUAUCUUGCCGUGUUCCUAACGGUGACUUUUGGCUGCUUUCCCAUCUCGAACAACUGGAGAGUGUAUCCUCCUCCCUCGAAGCAAUGUGGGCUUAAGAUCCAAAACGUUAUAGUCACAUGCGUCUUGAAUGUCUCGACCGAUUUUGCUUUGCUUUUCAUUCCAAUCCCCCUAUUGUGGCGAGUGAAAACAUCCUUCUCAAGGAAACUCGUCAUCGCAGUCUUCCUUAGUUCCGGCAUCUUCGUCAUCACCGCCUCGAUUAUCCGAACCUCGCUCACCCUGGUUGCCGAACCGUCUAGUAUCACCGUUAACCGAUGGGGAAUCCGCGAGACCUUUGUCGGGGUCGCGACAGUCAACCUCCCCAUUUUGCGCCCGCUAUUUACCAAGAGAUUCUGGAGACCGGGUUACGUGGAGGAAGGCUCCAGCGGGCACCCAUACGGCUACCAAGGAGGAUCAGAGUCGUAUAACAUGACGACACGGACAAAGAAGAGUACCCGGCGAGACAGCAUGACGGCGAUCAAUGAGUCCAGUCAGGAUGGCGGCUACGAUGUCUAUGUGAGCACCAGUUAUAACGUGAAGGUUGAGCAGAAGGAUACCGGCAAAGCCGAAUCCACAGACAGCCAGCAGUUCGGACUCCACCCCAGCAGCGUGUGGGAGAUCGAUAAGAAGUCGAUGGUUUGAACUCGGGCUACGUUUUGGCCUCGUUUCAUGUCGGUUACACUAGUGAUCGAUUGUAAACCAUAUU